AUGCUGCUGCAGGCAUACGCUGGGGCCAGAUACCCGGUUGAACAUACCUCCCCCAAGGGGGAUAAGACCUCUAUUGGUGAGAUAGCCUUUUUCAAGAAUCAGGACUACGAAUCGAUAUACGAAGCGUGUGCUUCGAGCGGUGCGCAGCCCCGGCUAGCCGCCAUUGCUGAAACUCACGAAGCGUGGGCCAAGGAAUCCUGGAGUGACUGUAACGCAGAUCAAGGAGAAAAAUCCUUUGAAUACUAUGCCAUGGAGCUUCUCGCUGAAAAGGGGCAAGCUGUGAGCUGGCGUGGAAAGCCUCGCUUGUUUUACACUCCUCGAAUGACCGAGAUAGCCGCCGAGGAGCCAGUUGAAGCGGCGAGGGGCGCCGAAAAAGCACUGGAAUCUGCUGUAAAAGUAUCGGACCUCUUGCAAUCGAAAAUUGCGGCAAAGCUGGCCGACAAGGCCGCCAAUUUAGCUCUUAAUCGGGUCAGAAAAGUGGCCCAACCAGUCGAGGACCACAAGUUCCUCAGUCAAGAUGUUUUUGACUGA